UUCUCCAAGUAAUUUUUUCAUGUAAAAACUCGACACUGCUUUUCCUUUUUAAAUAAUAGAAACAUUUGUAGGUGCAGAAUAUCCAGGAGUACACGUAUGUGCUGAUAUGUCUGGCUGGCUAUAAUAUGAGUGGUGCCAAAGUUAAUCAGAGGAACUGAUGUAAUAGGAUAUGCGUCCAAACCCUGGACUAUGCGUCACUCCAUAAGGCGUAGACCUACCAAUAAGUCCCUUUGACACUUUGCUACCAGUCUUUCCAACAAACUUUCAAAACUUGUCAUGAUCUUCAUUACACAUUAAAAUACACCGGAUGUUCUCUUCCCUUAUAGACCACUUCUUCAAGCAAAUAACUACGCUUGCAUAACAUAAUCAUCAUUUAAAUGAUUAUGGCUGUCAAUAGCUACACCUGCUUGCCAUUAUCAUUGAUUGUUUUCCCUUUCUAAUGUCAUUCCUUAUGUGCCUUUGAGUUUCACUUCUGUUAAAAAGAGAUUCAUGGCUGCAAAGACUGGUUCUUUUAGGCAUAGUUUUGCUGAGAGGAGCAAGGAAAGGUUACUUUCGAGGAAAGGAUAUUCAGAUUUUGAUCUAAACAGCUCCUAUGGUGGCGGUGAAGGAGGAGUAAUCAAAUGCAGGUGCUUUCGUCUGCUUUGCGAUCAGAUCAACAACUCUCGGAAUGCUAUACAUGAUGCUGUAGUUGAGUUAUAUAAUAUGGGUCGGACGGAUCCAAGAAAAGUUUUUUUCGCUGUCAAGAUGGGACUAUCUCUUGCCCUUGUUUCUCUAGUCAUUUUUUUGAAAGAACCUCUCAAGAAUGUCAACCAGUACUCCAUCUGGGCAAUUCUCACUGUGGUCGUUGUUUUUGAGUUCAGUGUAGGUGCAACACUUAAUAAAGGAUUUAAUCGUGCUUUGGGAACACUGUCUGCUGGUGGGCUUGCUCUUGGCAUUGCAGAGCUGUCCUUAUUCGCUGGAAAUUUUGUGGAAGUGUUUGUUGUAAUAAGUAUUUUCAUAGCAGGAUUUUGUGCAAGUUACAUAAAGCUACACCCCUCUAUGAAGUCUUAUGAAUAUGGAUUUCGAGUUUUCUUAUUGACAUACUGUAUAGUUAUGGUAUCUGGAAGCUCAUCAACAUUUGUGGAAACAACUUUCUAUAGAUUGUUGCUUAUUGCAGUUGGUGCUGGAAUAGGCUUGGUUAUAAAUAUUUGUGUAUUCCCUAUAUGGGCAGGGGAGGAUCUGCAUAAAUUAGUGGUGAAAAAUUUCAAAGGUGUUGCUGCUUCAUUAGAAGGCUGUGUCAACGGGUAUCUGCAAUGCGUAGAGUAUGAGAGAAUUCCUUCGAAGAUUCUUACAUACCAAGCUUCUGAUGAUCCAUUGUACAGUGGCUACAGAUCAGCUGUACAAUCUAGCAGUCAAGAAGAAUCUCUGUUAGACUUUGCAAUAUGGGAGCCACCCCAUGGUCCUUAUAAAUCUUUCAAUUAUCCCUGGAAAAACUAUUUAAAACUAAGUGGAGCCUUGAGGCAUUGUGCAUUUAUGGUCAUGGCAAUGCAUGGAUGCAUUCUUUCAGAAAUUCAGGCACCAGCAGAGAAGAGACAAGUCUUUUGCAGUGAGCUACAAAGAGUUGGCAAUGAAGGAGCUAAAAUUUUACGCGAGCUUGGAAACAGAGUUCAAAAGAUGGAGAAGUUAAUUCCAGGAGAUGACAUACUGCUGGAAGUGCAAGAAGCGGCAGAAGGAUUGCAAUUGAAAAUAGACCAAAAAUCUUACAUUCUGGUGAAUUCUGACAGCUGGGCAGCAGAACGAGUACAGCCAAAAGAACUUGAAGAUCCUGGCAGCAUUAAUGAACUCGAGGACAAUGAGGGUGAAGUGAUUAAUUGCAUUAGUGAAACACUGGAUGAUCAGUAUCCAAAUACGAGCAUGAAUCCUUCUUCCACACAAGCAGAAAGGAUGCAAUCAGAGAAUAUGCUGAAAAGAUCAUGGCCAUCGUUUAUAGCUAGUUCCAGGCUAAUUGAACAAGAAUCAAGGGUAUACGAGAGUGCAAGUUCCCUCUCUUUAGCAACAUUUGCAUCAUUGUUGAUAGAGUUUGUAGCAAGGCUCCAAAACCUUGUGGAUGCAUUUCAAGAACUUAGUGAGAUGGCAAAUUUCAAGAACCCUAUUGACUUAUUAUCAAAAGAAAAAAUGGAGGUCGGAUUUUGGACAAGAUUGAGAAGGUGGUAUAAUUUCAGUUCAAUUAAUUAAGGUUUCGGAUCAUGAUUAAUUA